UCUCUCUCAUCCACAUCUCUCUCUCUCUCUCUCUCUCUCUCUCUCUGAGCUCAAGAACAAACUUGGGUCUUUGGGUCUUAUAGUAUACUCUUUUGUUCACAUCUGUGUAUGGCUAUGGUUGGAUUUUCUUGGUAUUAGCAAGAGCAUGUGUUUAUUGAGACAUGGAAGAGAGAAAAAGCACCUAAUGAACUUGAGAAGCAACACCAUAAUCAUCAUCACCAUCCAUGGCCAAGAGUUGUGAAACCUCAGGGUUUCAAGAAUCACUGCAUGCCUGAGAGAACAAGAUGAUGAAGGGCUUGAUAUUUCAGCAACAGCAACAGCAAUCAGGUGUUGAAGACAACAUGUCCAAUUUGACUUCAGCUGCUUCUGGCGAUGCCACCAGUGCUUCUUCAGGCAACAGACCCACUGAAUUAUCUGGUCCUAUCAAUAAUUAUCCUCAUCAACAAUAUAACUUUGCUCCACCACAACCUCCAACGACUCAGAUCACUCCCCAGCCUCCUCUGAAGAAAAAGAGAAACCUGCCAGGCAACCCAGACCCAGAUGCAGAAGUGAUGGCUCUAUCUCCCAAGACUCUGAUGGCCACAAACAGGUUUGUCUGUGAGAUCUGCAACAAAGGGUUUCAGAGAGAUCAGAACCUACAGCUCCACAGAAGAGGGCACAACCUCCCAUGGAAGCUUAAGCAGAGAGCAAACAAGGAGGUCAUAAGGAAGAAGGUGUAUGUGUGCCCUGAGCCGAGCUGUGUCCACCAUGACCCAUCAAGGGCUCUUGGGGACUUGACUGGGAUCAAGAAGCACUUUUGUAGAAAACACGGUGAGAAGAAGUGGAAGUGUGAGAAAUGCUCAAAGAGGUAUGCGGUUCAAUCAGAUUGGAAGGCUCACUCCAAGAUCUGUGGCACUAGAGAGUACAGAUGUGACUGUGGAACUCUUUUCUCAAGGAGGGACAGCUUCAUAACCCACAGAGCAUUCUGUGAUGCAUUGGCAGAGGAGAGUGCAAGAGCCAUGCCCAACCCACUCCUCCUCUCCUCAGCUUCACAAAACAUGAACUUGCCACCCCAGUUCAUCAACACCCAAAACAUCCCAUUCACUCUCAAGAAAGAAGAGCCACAACACCACCACCACCACCACCACCACCACCAACAACAAAUUAGUAGUUUUGGGCUGAGGCAAGACCAGAUUCCACCAUGGCUGGCUUGUCCACCACCUCCACCACCACCCAUUGACCUCUCCCCCUCGUCGUCAUCAAUCUUCUCCACAAGGCUAGACCAAGAAUUCACCCAAAGCUAUGAACCCCACCGCUCAACUCAGCAGAACCCAAACCCUAGCCCCAACAACCCUAGCCUUGGCCCCACCUACCCCCCAGCAGCACCCUCACCUUCCCCAAACAUGUCUGCAACUGCGCUCCUCCAAAAAGCAGCCCAGAUGGGUGCAAGCAUGAGCAAGAGCAACGCUAGCUUCUCAUCCCCACUCAGUGGGGCUCACCAGCAGAAGCAGCAGCAACAAGAACCAGCUCACUUGUACCCUACAUCCUCUACUCCUCCUGAUCAACAGCAUCCAGGUAGAAACAAUAAUAUCAAUAACAACGGCAGUGGGAGUGGUGGCUUUAGGCUGAGUUUGUCCUCACAUGAAGAGAUGGCAAGUGCUGGGUUUCACCAUCACCACCAUGUGCCGGGCUUGGUGGCUCCAUUUGGGAGCAACAGAGCCAUACAAGACAUGCUGAUGACUCCUGGUAGUGGUGGCUUUAAGGGAGCUUCCUCCUUUGAGGAUGCUUUUGGUGGGAUUCUCAGCAGCUCUUCCAAGAAAGAUAAUGACGACAUCAAUGGUGACAGUAUUAAUAACCAGCACGAGGCUUUGAAAGCCGCCACCCAAGGCGGCCUCCUUGUGCGGCGGCAAGAUGUCGGCGGCCGCGGGAACAACGAAGAGUUGACGAGAGAUUUCUUGGGUCUGAGGCCACUCUCUCACAGUGACAUUUUGAGUAUCGCCGGUCUUGGAAACUGCAUGAGCACCACUUCUUCUCAAACUCAAGUGCCUCAAAAACCAUGGCAAGCUUAGGCUCUAUACAAAGAGGAAGAUUUUCUAAAAACAUCAGUUUCCUUUUCCUUUUUUAUGUUCUUUCAUAGUAUAUGUUGAAUUUUGAGGUUCAUCACCAUCAUCAUCUUCAGUAUUUUGCUACCAAAUCUUCUUCCCAAAGGGAAGGACCAAAAACUCAAGAUCCUUAAUAUAUAUACUUCUCUUAUAAAUGGUCGUAAUAUUAUAUGACAAGUCAUUUAUUUUUAGUC